AGAGUUACUAUAAAGAAAGAAAUUGGUCAGCUGCACCGGAACCACUUCAACUUCACUCUUUCUCUCUCCAACCCCAAGAUCUAGAGUUCAGACACAAAGCGAGGUUGUACGAAGUACCAAGUUCUUUACUAAAUUUCAGCAAGUGGGGUUCAUCUUCAAAGAUAUCUAAGCAAAGAAGACAGAAAUGAACAACCCCAAUUUCAGUGGGUAGCUGAGAGUUUUUGAAGAAAGUUUUUAAAUUUGAACAAUUGGGAUCAUGAAGAUUGCUUCUUUGGCUACUUUUGUUUGGUGUGUGUAUGGGCUAUUGGUCUUGGGGUCUGCAAAGUCAUACUUAUCUGAAGAAGAUCCUGAAAUCUACAAGUACGAUAGAAUAGAUGAAGUGAAAAAAGAAUGUGCUUCUGUUCUAUCUUCUGCCUCUGAAUUGCGAGCUGAAGACAACAGAGUUUUUAGUAUCGAAGAAGAACUCUUUUUUGUCCAUGGGGAUUGGAGGCAGGAGGCAGGUAAGGCUCCAAUAAUGCCAUUUGAUGAUAGAGAUGUGUUAAAGAGUUCAUCCGAUGUUGUGGAUCCAUUAAAUUUGGUUUCCUUUUGGGUAAUGGAUGUUGAUCAUGCCCAUCGAUCUAGGAAGUCUGUGAGUGUCAGUGGGUUCUUGGUCAUGGGCAUGACUCUAGCUGGUACAUUUGAGAAUAGUAGGUACCAUGGAAGUCCUCAGUUUAGGAUAUGGCCUAGCCAUUCUGAGCUCUCAAUUGCCUUUGAAGGGAUUUACACUGAAUCAAAGAAAAAUGGUGGGGAAAGAGUGUUAUGUUUGUUGGGAAGCACAAUGUUGCCAUCUAGGGAGCCCAAUUCUAUGGAUCCAUGGGAAUGGGUGAAGGUUUCUAUUCCGAGAUAUGACCAGCCUCCUCUUUUGCAAGAUGAUCGAAUUCUGUUUGUUCUUCGCUUUCCCAAGACAUUCACGUUAACAAACCGGGCAAUCCAAGGGGAGUUGAGAAGUUUAAAUCCAAAAUCAAACCCUAAGUACUUUGAUGUGAUUCACAUUUCAUCCCAGUUGGACAAGUUGGCGGACUAUAAGUUUGGGUCUGAAAAGAUUGUGUCCAAAGCAUGUGAUCCAUAUCCAUACCAGGAUAGCUUGAUGGAUGGAGGCAUUAAUAUCUAUAAAGGAUUUUUCUUUUGUGAAAUACUUGAAGAAGUUACUCGGGAUCAGGCUUUCACAGUUGUGCCAAACUGGAGAUGUAAUAGCACAGAUGCGUUUUGCAGUAAGUUGGGUCCAUUUGUGUCAGAUAAGGAGAUUAAAGCGACAGAUGGGGGCUUUAAAGGUGUUAAACUUUACAUGCAGAAUGUUAAGUGUGAGCAAAAAGUUUCUCGGGGAAAUGUCAGUUCUGCAAGGGUUUCAGCAUUGUUUAGAGCUGUUCCUCCAUCGGAGAAUCAGUAUGCUGCAGCACUGAGAUCUGGGCUUGGCAACAUGACUGUUGCUGCUGAGGGAGUUUGGAAGUCGUCUAGUGGGCAGCUUUGCAUGGUUGGCUGUCUUGGAGUUGUUGAUGCUGAAGGGAGUGGGUGUGAUUCUCGGAUCUGUUUGUAUAUACCUAUUUCAUUUUCCAUAAAGCAACGGAGCAUUAUUUUUGGGAGUUUUUCUAGCACAAAUAAGAAGAAUGCAUCAUACUUUCCUUUAUCAUUUGAAAAGCUAGUGCAGCCAACAGAGCUGUGGAAUUAUUUUAAAGUUUCCCGUCCAAAUUACAUCUACACAAAAUUUGUUGUGGCUGGUACUAUCCUAGAAGAGAAUGAGCCCUUCACUUUUCGAACUGUCAUCAAGAAGUCUUUUCUUCAAUUCCCCAAACUGGAGGACACAGAGGCGUUCCUAGUUAGUCUUUCGCUUCUCUCGGAAGAUCUCACCCUUCAUGUCUCUGCAUUUCCUGAUCCAUCUUCUAGUCAUUCAUGGCCUAGAACUGAUGUUCAACUGGAAAUUCUUUCAGUUGGUCCAUUGUUUGGGCGUUACUGGUCUUCACACAAUGGUUCCACCACAGAUGAGGAGACCCCUUACCACACCAAGGCUGAAUACACUGAAAAGCAGCUCCUUCUCAAUGUAUCAGCACAGCUCAGUCUCACUGGAAAAGAUUAUGGAAACUUUUCUAUGCUUUUCUUGGAGGGUCUUUAUGACCCACAUGUUGGAAAGAUGUAUUUAGUUGGUUGCAGGGAUGUCCGAGCAUCGUGGAAGAUCUUAUUUGAGAGCAUGGAUCUUGAAGCUGGGAUGGACUGUUUAGUUGAGGUGGUGGUGUCAUACCCUCCGACUACAACUCGGUGGUUAGUCAAUCCAACAGCAAUGAUUUCCAUAGUUAGCAAAAGAACUGAAGAUGACCCUCUCCACUUUAGUACAAUCAAGCUUGAAACUUUUCCAAUUAUGUACAGGAAGCAGCGGGAAGACAUUCUAUCUCAUAGGGGUGUUGAGGGGAUCCUCCGUAUUUUGACACUUUCACUGGCAAUUGCUUGCAUUUUAAGCCAGCUGUUCUACAUCAAGCAUAAUUUGGAUUAUGUCCCCUAUAUAUCACUUGUUAUGCUAGGUGUCCAAGCUCUUGGUUAUAGUCUUCCUCUGAUCACAGGUGCAGAAGCUCUCUUCAAGAGAAUCUCUUCUGAAACUUAUGAGACGUCAUCUUAUGAUCUUGAGAACAAUCAGUGGUUUCAUAUAAUGGAUUACACUGUGAAGCUUCUUGUGAUGGUCUCAUUUCUACUGACUUUGAGACUGUGUCAGAAGGUGUGGAAAUCUCGCAUCAGAUCAUUAACACGAGCCCCUUUAGAACCACAUCGUGUCCCUAGUGAUAAGCGGGUACUUCUUACCACCGUUACAAUCCAUGUCAUUGGGUAUGUAAUAGUUCUUAUCAUUCAUAGUAUGACGAGUAGCCAGGGACUUAUCCGGGUGAAAUCACAUUUAAUAUCAAGGGGAAAUUCCCACAUGUUGCGGGAAUGGGAAUCAGUACUUGAAGAAUAUGUGGGUCUUGUUCAAGAUUUUUUUCUGCUCCCUCAAAUUAUUGGCAACUUUGUGUGGCAGAUUGAUUGUAAACCACUCAGGAAACUCUAUUUCAUUGGAAUCACAGCAGUCAGACUGUUCCCUCAUUUUUAUGAUUACAUAAGAGCACCUGUUCGGAAUCCUUACUUUGCUGAAGAUUAUGAGUUUGUCAACCCAAAUUUGGAUUUUUACUCUAAGUUUGGGGAUAUUGCAAUACCUGUGACAGCAAUUAUUCUUGCAAUAGCGGUCUAUAUUCAGCAGACGUGGAAUUAUGAGAAGCUUAGCCAGACUCUUACCUUGGGGCAUUAUAAGCUUCUUCCAUUGGGGUCUAGAAUGUAUGAGCGGUUGCCUUCCCAGAUAGUUGAAGCUGAGCUUGUUUCUGGAGUUAAUGGUAAUGUUGCACAUGAAAAAGAGAGUAAUGAUGUAGAAUGACAUCAUAAGCAUUCAAAUUACAGAGAAGAAAAUGUUGUUGUAGACAUACAUCUAACGUGGAUGCUAUCUUGGUGGUUUUCUAUUACAUAAGAAAUGUUUGGGUUUCUUAAUGAUUAAAACACAGUUUUUCCAUAUUAAUACAAUUAUUUUAGGAAAAGUGAAAAUAUGUCCAUAUUGUGUUUAGCGUAUUAAUAGCUCCUAGAAAAAUCUUGUGUAUAGAGCUUGUCAUAUGUAGAACCUUCAACAUGGAAGACCUAUUUAGUUGAGCCCACAAGAGAAGUGUGAUUUUUUGUUAA